UGAAGAAGCGGUCACCGUCACAGUUUCCCGCGUUGCUACAUCCUGCUUAUGCCACAGGCUGACUCCUAACACUUCCAGUGACAUGAAGCCUUUCAGCCGUGUUUGAAUACUACUCGCAGUGCGUCGCCUUUUGCACUCAUCAAGCCCACGCUGCUUUCAGGACUACUCACCGCGUCGCUAAACCUCCUACUCAACCCCUGAACUGGGACCUGACCUGGAAAGAGGUUGAGGAGGCGCCACAGCUAUGUAGUUAGUUUUCUCACUAGAUAUACUUCGAUGAGGAUCAAAUGUUCACACCUGCUUGAAGUCUUCCCUUGACCAAAGCCUACUACCUUUGUUACAAUUGUCCUCAAUGUGGGUAACAACUUGCCGAAGGCCGCUUCCCGAGUUUGACCAUCCAACCCGAUGCCGAACCGAGAGGCCAGAGCAUGUCUGAGUCUCGGAGGGUGGUCGAUAGGGUAGGUGUACGGUCGAUCACAUGGUUGGCCGGGCACAUUCAACAUGAGUAUUCAUAUCCAUGAAAAGGCAUCAACGCUCUACACCUGAGGGUUUACCUCAGCAUCAAAAGCUUCAGAUCGAUCCGUGUCGAGUCGCAAGAUGCCGAACAAGGUCAGGCACGAUCUCCACAAAGUGGAUUCGACUUCAUUUCCCUACAUUUACGAAGAGAAUGCGACCAUUGAAUUGAAGAGUUUUCAAAGGACUAGUAAGGUGCAAUAUCUAUAGGCCAAAAACCGACGAGAAAGUGCCGGUCCUUGUGACAUAUGGUCCUUACGGGAAGGAUAUCCACCUGAACGAGUGAGUUGUCUCAGAGGGCGCUGCACUGAAUCGCGGUGCCUUCAUAGGAAUGCGGAUUGACAGUAAGAGCUAGUUUCUAUCCAGCCUCGUUUGCAGAGCUCAACCCGAAGCACAAGUCCGCACAUACUUCGUUCGAGACCCCAGAUCCGGGGUUCUGGACUGCCAGCGGAUAUGCAGUGCUUCGAGCUGACGAGGUUGGAUUGGGCCAAUCUCCAGGGGUUCUGGACACAAUGUCUCAAUCGACAUCGGACGCCUUCGCCGAUGUGAUCGAGUGGGCUGCAGAUCAGCCAUGGAGCAACGGCAAGGUUGCGUUAACAGGCAUCAGCUAUUUUGGGGGCAGUCAGUGGAGGGUUGCAGCCAGGCGUCCACGAGGCUUGGUAGCUAUCUCUCCCACUGACGGAAUGGCCGACUAUUAUCGAGAUCGGUGCCGCCAUGGUGGUAUCCUGACCGGUUUCCUGGACCGUUGGUUCAGUAGACAGGUGCUUUCGAACCAGUAUGGACUCGCGGGAAAGGCAGAACGUAACUGGGGUCCUGACACCCUCGAGGGAGAUCUACCUGAAGCAGAGCUCUCUCAAAACCGCCACGAUCAAGUUGUUGACACUGCAAAAAACUUCUAUCGCGAUGACUUGUACUACGCAUCACGCGACUAUAACUUGGAGGACAUCGAAGUUCCCAUUCUCUCAUUUGCCAAUUUGGGAAGUAUCAUGAUUCAUUUCCGCGGAAACUACGAGGGAUUUCGGCUGGCAAGCUCUCAGCGUAAAUUCAUCCGCUUUAUUACCGGACGACACGACUUGCCCUUCUAUGACGACGAGCACGUCGAAGUACAGAAAAGCUUCCUCGAUGCCUUCUGCAAAGGCGAAGAUCGUGGCGGUUGGACGGAUGGAUCACGGCCACCCGUGGACUUGGUACUGCGGAGGGGCAAUGUCGGCUAUAACAAUCCAGAGGCAGAAAGGGCCUUCAAACGAAGGUUCGAACUCGAGUGGCCGCUUACUCGAACGCAGUAUACCAAAUUUUAUCUCACGCCAGAUCGUCGCCUUGUCCGAGACAUACCGACACUGAGAUACGACAGGCUAUCUUAUCGAGCUCUCGGAAACCUAGAUGAUCCGCAGGCAAUCACAUUUUCCACAGAUCCCCUCGCGACGGAGACUGAAGUUACGGGAUAUAUCGUUGCUCAUCUGAAUCUCUCGGUCACACCACAUCCCGGGGGUAAAACCCCAAGAGACAUGGACGUGUUCCUGACACUUCGCCAUUUCUCCGCCGACGGCACCGAGGUUUAUUACACUGGAAUCACCGGAGAGGCAGUGCCACUUUGCAAAGGUUGGCAGAGGAUGAGCUUCAGACGAGUAAACAAGGAACAUCCGCGACACCGUGACUGGCUCCCGCACAGAGAUUACUUCUCAUCGGAUGUCUUGCCCGUCAUUCCCGGGGAGAUAUAUCCCGUGGACAUUGAGGUCUGGGUCACUUCUGUCGUCGCCGAGAAAGGGGACCGUUUUGUGUUUGAAGUCUCGAGUGGUGAUACGCAGGGCGCAGGCCUAUUUGGCCACCAAACACUCGAGCGUUCUGCUGAGUUGCUCGCAGGCCAGAAUCAUAUUCAUUUCGGCCCUAGCUACAUCAACUGCAUAACCUUGCCCAUCAUUCCGGCAGAAGGAGUCUAAAGUACUGGAUUUGAAUGGAUUUGUCUUGCCUAUGUAGCCAACAGAGUCCGUUGACUUGGGACACGAAAAAUCUAUCAAAGGUCUGAGCGCAAAACGAACGGAGAAAGAGGAGGCCAGGCUACCUCGUUAUUCUCGAGA